GACCGCUUUGACAAUUUCGUGCAAGGUCUGCCAGUUCAGUCGACAGGUAAAUCUUCGUGGGAGGUUAUCUGCAUUGCCGAUGAUGAGGACGAGCAUCCGCCGACUCCGGGGCAGGGCAUUUCGGGGAGUUCCACACAGUUUCAGCUUAUGCGUUCGGGAUCUACGCACCUCGUGCCCCAGUGCCUAGUACCGUGGCAUGCUUUUCUCCGCCUCGGAGUCACUCAGCACGCCGACUCCCCGACCGCUUCCCAGGCCUACGUGGACCCAGCUUUGCGGCCGGCUGUUAUGAAGUCCUCAGACCUUCAUGAGGUCCUCUCACAGCUUGCAGCCAGUCAACAUGGUGACGCCAUACGCAAGCGCUUGUUGGCCAAGGUUAGCGACACAACUGCGGCCAGGUACCUGCGAUCGGUCCAGCUUUUCUUCACUACCUUUGAGGAGCUGGGCGGUUCCCUGGACGAGGUUGAUCAGGGCCUGUUCCUUGAUGCCUUCUUUGCGCUUUCUCGUUCGCUUGAGGAUGGCCCGCUUUCAAAUGCCCAGAACGUGUUGAAGGCACUUCGCUGGUACCGCAAGCUCAUCAGCUUAUCGAUUCUCCCGGACCUCUACAGUCCGGCCUUUUCAACAAUGGCAUCGGGCCCCAGCAAAGAGAAGCGAGAGAGCGUUCCGCUGCCACUGGCUUUCCACGCGUUUCUGGAACGGCAGGUGCUAUCCCCGGACACCCCAGUGGAGAAAGCAUUGUUUUGUGGCAGUGUUCUCACAUGCAUUGGUGCCAGUCUCCGCUUUGCAGACGCACAGCAGGUUGCCUGGACCUCGCUUUGCCCCAGCGCCUUCUCGCUUCGGGGUAUUUGCUACCGCACUAAGACUACCUCCAGAGGGGCGCCGUUUGGCUUGAUCGGCUUUGGCCUUUACAGCACUUCGGAAGAGUGGGGUUCCAAUUGGCUUUCCCGCUGGAUUUUGCUUUUGGACGGUGUCUGGACAGGUUUGAGAUCCAACUUCGGUCAGGACUUGGUGCCCGACUGCCUGUUCUUCCACUCUAAUGAGUCAGGUUUCGCGCCGGCCUCCUACGCUCAGACUUUAUGCCGCUUGCGCCAGUUGCUGCUUGAGGCAGCUGUGCCGGCCUCGCAGGUGGGAGAGUACACGCUCCACAGCAUGAAGUCCACUUACUUGAGUUGGAUGGCUCAGCUCAACCUCCCGCUCUCAGCGAGGUUUCUGCAGGGUCACCACAAGAUCCCAGAGUCAGCUCAGCUUUACUCGCGAGAUGACAUCUGGCCUGCACUCAGCACUUUUCUUCGCCUUCAGGAGUCUGACAAGGAUCUGGCAGAGGUGCCCAGCUUUGCGGACUCCGAUGGCGAGGAAACACUCCCCUUGGCUGACAAGGCCGUGCCCAAGGCACCCCCGCAGACAAGCCUGGCAUGUGCCGAGCUUACUUCUAUUUUCUUUGAGUUAGCUUUCCCCCAUGCGCAGCAGCCCUCUCUUGCCUUCGUGGACGAUGGCGGACUGAGCGCCGCGGGUAGCACUUCUUAUGGUGCCACAUCGACCUCCACUUCAACACCGGCCCCAGCCUUACCAGACGACCAAGCACAGCCCGCUACGCCGGUCGAGGAGCCGCCGAUGCCACCACCUCCAGGACCUCCUGAGUUUGCGGACACGGUGCCUACGGAGGACUACGGUGCAGCUACAGGGCGGCAAGCACCAGCAAAGCUCCUACUUCUACGCCUCCUUCAACAGCCCCGGCGCAAGACCGCUGCUUCCACGCAGAGUGCAGCUCCAUCCAGCUGCAGCGCCCCGGGACUCCCAGCCAAGUCCACCGCAGCUGCUCCCAAGAGUGCAGGGGCCACUGCUCCCACGCAGGACCCCCCUUCCCAGGCCACGGGUCCCCGCAGCGACCCGCCGAUCCCCGAGGCCCCACCUUCCCGCGUCGGGGACACCAUCAACGACGGGGAAGGCAAUCCAGUCCUCCAGCUUGUCCAGCUUUGGGCUUGCAGGAAGGUCUGCUCCCGCUGCGGCAAUGCCCACUGCCAGGCGACGUUCGCGGACCGGUCGUCGACCUACCACGGGACCCACUUGUGUCGCGACUGCAAGAGGGCCCAGGGACGCGAGCAGGCAGCGCAGCAGGUGGAGCAGGUACUGGAGUCCGCUCAGCCCUCAGCCUGCGGGGCCGAGGGGUCAACGUUGUCUUCGCCGACAUGUUUUGCAAUUAACCUUUACGAGGUCCACUUUAUGUCGGAACUCUCUCAGCUGGCCUUGGAGGCAAGCGUUCCGACUGAGGUCAUGCAGCUGCUGUCAGAUUUCGAGGUGGCCACGUUCGCGCGUGCCGCUCAGCUGAAGCUCUCCCCUCGCUUGAACAACAUGCGAGUCGUGGCCGGCAAAGCUAAGCCCAGAGAAAACCGCGGCAUUGCGGCGAUAUCGGAGCUCAGCGACUUGCUACUGGACGAUGCCCCGACCAGAGAGAUUCAUGAUGGCCCGGCUUCGUAUGCCUUCAUUAGCCAGAUGCUAUCGCUUGCAUCCACUUCGAUUGCCUUAUGCCAAGGUGCUCACCUGGGGGCUCUGAAGAUGUACAACAAGAAGUUCCUCCAGCUUUGUUUUACCAAGUAUGAGCCUGCUUCCAACUUGCGAGGUCCUACAUCCCUGGAAGCCCAGGCAGCGGACAAACGGGCUUGGGAAAUUCUGUCGGACCUUGUCAAUCAACGCGCUUGGAAGCUAGAUGACGCCUUGCAUGAGGUGUCGGAGGUGCGCUCCGACUUGGCCAGCUUGCUUGCACCCCGGCCACACGUGAGCAAGCGCCUGCUUGAAGGUCAAGAACAGUGGCGCUACCGGCAAACCGGCCGAGGCAGGGGCUCACAGGGCACUGGUCGCGGCGGCAAGGGCCGCGAUGGCAAGAAUACCCCCACUGAGCGGCUGGAAAGAGGGGGCAAGGGCAAAACUUCCCACAAAGGGGGCGACAAGAACAGCCAGUCGUCCCAGGGCAAGUGGCUGUCGACAAUCUUCAUGGAGGGCAAGAAGCACACUUUGUGCAUGCGCUAUCAAAGUGGUCAGUGCAAGGACCCCGCCUCCUGCCGCUAUGUGCACAAGUGCGCUGUUGCCCGCUUCAGCCCCUCGCGAGGUGAGGCUGAGGUGGUUGAUGACACCUCGCUGUGCGUGCCAGCUAGGCCGGCUGGUUCGCAAGGGCAUCUCAUUUCUCCGCAGGCCGCUGAUUCUCAGGUUUCUCCAGUGGCCCAGGCCAUCGCGAGCUACCAGUUCGAUUUCCCCACUUGCUUGUCGCUUUUGGAGGAAUCCUUUUCCAGUAAAGCCGCGAUCGCUCUCAGGGAUCCAGCAGUCACCCAGUCCGACGCUUAUUUCAACCUCGGCGCUUUUGGGUUCGAGGAUGGACGCAGAUGUGGUGUCUUCCAGAGGACGGAACAAUUCUCCGAAAUUGCAAGAUUUUUGAACGCUUUUCUCCGCUUGCAGUUUCCCUCGGCCUCUUGGACAUCAGUGUGCGUGAGUCAUAAUGUGCGCACGCAGCUUCACACAGAUGCGGGCAAUGAGGUGGAUAGCCUAAAUCAUUCCAUCUCACUGGGCAAUUUCGCAGGGGGGGAAAUCUGGAUUACCCCAGCUUUGCAUAGCUCAGCAGCUCUCGUUCCCCCGCCCAAAGGAUCGGAGUCGGAGAUGCACAAGGUAGGCGCAGAGACACUGGGUGAGCAGGUUGACACAUUUGAGUCGGGGGUUUCCUUCCCUUGCUCCAGCUUACACUGCACGUCUCCAUGGCAUGGCGACAGAUGGGUGCUUACAGCUUACACCUGCAAGGGCUCGGCCUCGCUUCCCGCUGAUGUUCGGGCGCAUCUGCGCUCGUUGGGGUUUCCGCUGCCAGGAGACGAGCCGACCGGUGUGGCGCCUCAGCCUUCCCCCACCCCGGUGGUUGCAUCCCUCAGCCCAGGAUUUUUCCUGGAUAUCUGCUGCGGAGCCACUGCACCGCUUUCUGUGGCCAUGGGCAAAGCCGGCAUACACCACGUGUGUGUUGACGCCCUGGGCGAGGAACCGCACGACCUCCUUUGCGACAAGACCUACGACUCACUCAUGCGCUUAUGCUUUUCAGGGGUCGUUGUCAUGGCACAUGCUGCCCCGCCCUGCAAGGAAUACUCCCGUCUGAAGCUUCGCCCGGGAGGACAUAUUUCACUGGAACAGCCUACCAACGCGAUGUCUUGGCUAGAGCCGUUCGUUCAGGAUCUGCUCUCGGAGGUAAAACCUCGAAGCACUCCGCCGUUUGGAGCACAGGACGGUGGCGGUAUCUAUUCGCUUCCCGACUGGUCUUAUGGCCCCAGGUACGCAGAGGUUGAUACAGCAUAUCGCGUCAGGCCCCGACGAGAAGGGGACACGGAUGAGGGCCAUGAGCUCUUGGUCUGCGAAGGAAACUGGCAGGGGGCUGAGAGUGACCCCGCUUUGCUGCAGGAGCUCAUCGAAGAAGAACUAACCGCUGGGUUUCUCGAGGAAGUCGACUCCAUCGAGGAAGCGUAUAAACGCUGGGGUAAGGACAGAGUUGCAGUGGGCAGAGUCAACAUCGUCAAAGCCCCAGGACGUUCUCCCCGCUUAGUGACAGUGGUGGACAACAGUUUCAGCUUGGAUGUCAAGGGUGCACACAAGACAUCCCGCGUACGAGAACAAGACAGGGGCCUACUCGGCCUACGUCAGCAGGACCGCUUAUUUUUCUAUAAGGUCUGCCCCUUCGGGGCCACUUUCUCAUCCCACUGGUUUGCGAGACUGGGCGGCUUUUUCACUCGCUGCCUCCACUUGCUUAUUUGGCUUCCGCACGUUCUGCUUUUGUACGUGGACGACCUGCUGUUAUAUCAGAACGCCAAGGUGCUCCCACUUUCAGCCUGCUUGACGCUGGCAUUCUGUUCAUGCUUUCACAUCCGGCUUAGUUGGAAAAAACUUCAAACGGGGCCAGUCAUCACAUGGAUCGGCUGGCAGCUCAAUCUGGGGACUGCUUGCUACACACUUCCAGAUGAUAAGCGCAACAAGCUGCAGUCUCAAGUGCGCGAGUGCCUCAGUCACCGCUUGGUUUCCAGAAAGCAGUUGGACAAGCUUUUGGGGUUGCUUCAGUGGAUUCUUCACGGCUUCCCAGCACUGCGCCCAUGGCUUUGCACUCUUUAUGACGAUAUGCACAGGCCGCUCGGCACAAAUAUCAGUAUACCUCCAACGACGUGGCCAGGCAUCGCCACCCACUUGAAUGACAAGAUGGUCUUCAUUUCCUGCCCUGCUGGGACAUCCAUUCGGCCGGGUAGCACCCUGCUUUCUGCACGCCACGUCGAGCUAAGGUGCCUCGCUGACUUGCAUAAGGUGCCAGUCAGCUCCAAGCGGAUUUGGAUGAGGGUAGCAGAUCCCUCAUCCUCACGUAGAAAACUGAGCAUCGCCAGCAAGGAAACUUUGGAGUUCUUCCUCUACCUCAGCUCACGAGAAUGGCGACCGCGACCACUUCGUCCGGCCCCUCUUGCUCAGGUGGAAUCCGCCGCUGACGCUUUCGGCAAAGGCAACGACUGCGGGGUCGGAGGCUGGCUCCGACUGCCGGAUGGAAAACCAUCAUGGUUCUCGCACCGCUACACGGUUUCGGACUUCACCAGCUUGGGCUUACCCAUGCAAUCCAACGCCAACUUGGACAUCUCCAGCUACGAAACGCUGGCACAAUGCUUUAUUCUUAUUUGCUUUUGGAAGCUCUCAGGCAGCGGUCGCUUGGCAGUAACCCUUCCUGCUUUGAGUGAUAAUACGGGGGCUGAGUCUGUUUGCAACCGCCUCUAUACCUCUAAAGUCCCACUUAACCUUUUUGUCCGAAAGCUUUCAAUGUGGAGUUCGGUGACGGGCGUCCAGUUGGACUGCAGUCGCAUCUCUGGCGAGAAGAAUGACGAUGCCGACCUGCUCUCGCGCUGGGAUGGUCAGGGUGAGCUCCCGGAUCGCUUUUUGCCUGGGAGCCGUGUACAUAUCUCGCUUUCCGACUUUUGGCAUAUCCGCUUCGCGGUAACGCUGCAUCCCCCGGAUGCGUUUUUGAAGUGGCAACUUCCAGAGCCACAUCAGCUGGGCCCAUCUAACCGGGUCUCCAAGGAGCGUCGCUGA